AUGGGAUCAUUUCAGAUCUCCUUAGCAUUAUUUAGCUUCAUUCACCUUGUAAUCUUCUGGCCAUCUGGAGCUCAAAACUCAAAACAGGAUUAUCUCGAUGUUCAUAACGCAGCUCGUGCCCAAGUUGGCGUUGCCCCGAUAGCUUGGGACGAAACGGUGGCUGCCUAUGCACAUAACUACGCCAAUCAGAUUAUAACCUACUGCAAUUGGACGCGAUCUGGGGGCCCUUAUGGUGAGAACUUAGCUGAAGGCAGCGGAGACUUCACGGCCAGGGGUGCCGUCAAUCAGUGGGUGAGUGCGAAGCAAUACUACGAUUACGACUCCAACGCAUGUGCUUCGGAAACGGAGUGCGACAACUACACUCAGGUGGUUUGGAACAGCUCAGUUGGUCUGGGCUGCGCUAGGGUUCAAUGUACAAAUAACGGUUGGUGGUUCGUGAUUUGCUGUUAUCAUCCCCCCGGCAACUCCAUUGGUCAGCGUCCUUAUUUGCAGUUAUGA